AUGAAACUGUCCCAAAGUAGGGACAUUCAAGGAUUCCCGAAUUUCUUCAAGGAGCUAGAGAUUCUCCCAGUUCAAAGAUCUGAGCGUCUUGAAUUUCAUCAGUUCCACCCUGUCUUCUUCUUACAGCACCUGCGUAGCGGCACCCCCGGCAGCUCCCCCGGCUGUCCGGCCUGGCCGCACACGGAGGUGGACCUGCCUCUCCCAGAGGGUGGCAGCCUGAACAGUGGGAACAGAAUCACCCAGGUUACCCAGGAGAUGGCCAAGGAGGUGUUCCUGAUGGCUCAGAGUGUGAGGAGGAGAGGAUGCAUCUUGGUACUUGACCUUCAGUGGGUGGUGGGAGGAUUGGGCACCACGGGGGGAAACGGGUCCCCAGCUGAUGCCCCGCAGGAGCCAGGACAGCCAGGCAGCACCCAGGACAGAGGGGCCGCGAGCGGGGGCCAUCGGGCACGGAAAACCUGGGAAGGCGUUGUUCACCUACUUCCAGCUCUUUCAUUUCUUUUGGUACAGACCAAAGAACAGCUCAUUACCUCUGCCAGGAAAAUUGCGACUUCCGGACAAAACUUCGCCAGACUUAUCCGCAUCAUUGCUAAGAACUGUGUAGACCAAAGAUGUUCCCAGGAGCUUCUGUAUAUGGUAGAGCAGAUUCAGACAAUGAGCAGCCAGCUCCGCAUCAUCUCCAGUGUAAAGGCCUCCUUGGCAAGAAGCAAGUCCUCUGAAGAGCUCCUGGUGGAAAAUGCACAGCAGCUCCUCCGUGCUGUCUCUAAGACUGUGAAGGCUGCAGAAGCCGCCAGUCUCCGGGUAAGUGCUAAUCCCAAGGGUGGACACUGGCACAGACAUGCACAGGACCAUGACUCAGGUCACAGGCUGAGAGCAACAUUGCAGACAUUCAUGAGGAAACUCUACCUGCUUCUUAGCUAUUAAAUUCAACUUCAUUUCUUACCCAAACCUGUCACCUGAUUUCUUGUGCAUUUUAGUUUGGUUAAUUUCUACCAACCUACCUUCAGUUCCACUGAUUCUUUCUUCAGCUGUGUCCAGUCUGCUGAUGAGCCUGUCAAAGCAUUCUUCAAUCUGUUACCACGUUUUUUCU